AUUUUGUGAUCGGUUUCUAUUAUCAUUAUUAUCAUCUUAUACUCUACCAAAACAAAACGAAAAAAAAAUAAACAUCAAAUCUAUUGUUUAUUGAUUCUUUUUGUUGUAUUGUGUAACAACAACAACAACAACAAAAAUGUCAUCAAUGUCGGAUGAAUCAGAUUUCAUUGAUAAUGAAUCUGAUUUUGAUGAUGAAACUUUUGGUGGUCCUAAAGCUAAACCUACAAAUGGUAAUAAAAAACCAAAACAACAGCAACAAAAUGGUAAACAAAAGAAACGUCCAAGUAUUGAACGUAUCUAUCAGAAAAAAACACAAUUAGAACAUAUUCUAUUAAGACCGGAUACAUAUAUUGGUUCAGUUGAAAAAGAAACAAAGCAAAUGUGGGUAUGGGAUAAAGAUGAAGAUAAAAUGGUAUUUCGUGAAAUUACCUAUGUACCGGGAUUGUAUAAAAUAUUUGAUGAAAUACUUGUAAAUGCUGCUGAUAAUAAACAAAGAGAUAAAUCAAUGAAUUGUAUACGAAUCGAUAUUGAUGCCGAUAACAACGAAAUAAUCAUUUAUAAUAAUGGUAAAGGAAUUCCUGUUAUUGAACAUAAAACAGAAAAAUGUUAUGUACCAACAUUAAUAUUUGGUCAUCUAUUAACAUCAUCCAAUUAUAAUGAUGAAGAAAAAAAAGUUGUCGGUGGUCGUAAUGGUUUUGGCGCCAAAUUAUGUAAUAUUUUUAGUAAAAAAUUUAAAGUAGAAACUUCAUGCAAAGAAUAUCAUAAAUCAUUUUUACAAAUUUGGAAUGAUAAUAUGAAAGAUACUAAAGAACCGAAAAUUGGUACAAAUGCAUCCGAAGAUUUUACACGUAUUACAUUUCAACCGGAUUUAUCUAAAUUUAAAAUGGAUUUUCUUGAUAAGGAUAUUGUUUCAUUAUUUUCAAGACGUGCAUAUGAUGUUGCCGGUACAACACGUGGUGUAAAAGUAUAUCUUAAUGGAAAAAAAUUACCAAUCAGUGGUUUUAAAGAAUAUGUAGAACUUUUUGCUAAAGAUCGACAAGAUGAUAUUGGUAAUACUAUUAAAGUUGUCCAUGAAGUUGUUAACGAUCGAUGGGAGAUAGCAGCUACUGUUAGUGAUCGAGGAUUUCAACAAAUCAGUUUUGUCAAUAGUAUUGCAACAACACGUGGUGGUAAACAUGUUGAUCAUGUUUCCGAUCAAAUUGUUAAUAAAGUGACCGAUGUUAUUAAAAAGAAAAAUAAGGUUGGCGUCACUGUAAAACCAUUCCAAAUUCGUAAUCAUCUUUGGGUAUUUGUCAAUUGUUUAAUUGAAAAUCCUACAUUCGAUUCACAAACCAAAGAAACUAUGACAUUACAAGUGAAAAGUUUUGGAUCAACCUGUUCACCAACUGAUAAAUUUUUUAAUAAUGUUUUCAAAGUCGGUAUUGUUGAAGCAGUUUUAUCAUGGGCCAAAUUCAAAGCUCAAAAUGAGCUAUCAAAAAAAUGUCAUGCAAAAAAACAUGCAAAGCUUACUGGUAUCCCUAAACUGGAGGAUGCAAACGAUGCUGGAACUAAAAACUCAAUCGAUUGUACACUAAUUCUAACUGAAGGUGAUUCUGCCAAAUCUCUUGUUGUUGCUGGAUUAGGUGUAGUUGGUCGUGAUAAAUUUGGAGUAUUUCCACUUCGAGGUAAAAUGCUCAAUGUACGUGAAGCAUCACAUAAACAGAUUGUAGAGAAUGCAGAAAUCAAUAACAUUAUCAAAAUUCUUGGUCUUCAAUACAAAAAACAAUAUCAAACAAUCGAUGAUCUCAAAACACUUCGUUAUGGCAAAUUAAUGAUAAUGACCGAUCAGGAUCAAGAUGGUUCACACAUUAAAGGAUUGUUGAUCAAUUUUAUUCAUCAUAAUUGGCCAUCAUUGUUGAAAUUGAACUUUUUAGAACAGUUCAUCACACCAAUUGUAAAAGCAUCCAAAGGUAAUGAAGUUCAUUCAUUUUAUAGUUUACCAGAAUUCGAAGAAUGGAAAAAAUCAAAUCCAAAUUGGCGUAAUUACAAAAUAAAGUACUACAAAGGUUUGGGUACUUCAACUUCAGCUGAAGCAAAAGAAUAUUUCACUGAUAUGGAUAGAAAUCGUAUAAAAUUUCAUUAUGCUGGUCAUGAUGAUGAUCAUUUUGUUCAAUUAGCUUUUAGUAAGAAAAUGGUUGAACAACGUAAAGAAUGGCUUACAAAUUCAUUAGAGGAACGAAAACGUCGACGAGAAUUAGGAUUACCUGAAAUGUACCUAUAUGAAAAGAAUACUCGAAACAUAACAUAUAAAGAUUUUGUCAACAAAGAAUUAAUCCUAUUCAGUAAUAUGGAUAAUGAACGUUCUAUUCCUUCGUUGGUGGAUGGAUUGAAACCUGGCCAACGUAAAGUGUUAUUUACUUGUUUCAAACGUAAUGAUAAACGUGAAGUUAAAGUGGCUCAAUUAGCCGGUUCGGUCGGCGAACAUAGUGCUUAUCAUCAUGGUGAAGUAUCACUUAUGUCGACAAUCAUAAAUUUGGCACAAAAUUUUGUCGGAAGUAACAAUAUUAACUUAUUGUUACCGAUUGGUCAAUUCGGUACACGACUUCAAGGUGGCAAAGAUGCUGCCAGUCCUCGUUAUAUAUUCACCAUGCUUAAUACUGUAGCAAGGAAAUUAUUUCCACAAUUAGAUGAUCCAUUAUUGAAUUAUCUUUAUGAUGAUAAUCUAAAAAUUGAACCAGAAUAUUAUGUUCCAAUUAUUCCAAUGGUUUUGGUCAAUGGAGCCGAAGGUAUUGGUACUGGUUGGAGUACAAAAAUUCCCAAUUAUAAUCCAAGGGAAAUUGUUGAAAAUAUUAAACGUUUAAUGCAUGGACGAGAAAUUCGACCAAUGAAACCAUGGUUCAAAGGAUUUACUGGCACAAUCGAACAGAUUGAUACACAACGAUUUGUGAUAAACGGCGAGGCAGCUAUAUUGGAAAAUGGCCGAUCAUUUGAAAUUACGGAACUACCGAUUCGUGUAUGGACACAAACAUAUAAAGAAACAGUAUUAGAACCAAUGUUGAAUGGUACAGAAAAAACACCACCAUUCAUACAGGAUUAUAAAGAAUAUCAUACAGAUGCAACUGUUAAGUUUGUUGUUACAUUAUCAGAGGAAAAUCUACAGAAAGCAUUAAAUAGCGGACUACAUAAAACAUUCAAAAUUCAAACAUCAAUGUCGACAACAACCAUGGUAUUAUUUGAUCAUCUUGGUUGUUUGAAAAAAUACGAAACACCUGAAGAAAUUUUACAAGAAUUCUUCCCUGUUCGUCUUGAAUACUAUGCUAAACGUAAAGCUUAUUAUGAAGGUAUUUUAGAAGCUGAAGCAUUAAAACUUGAAAAUCAAGCUAGAUUCAUUUUGGAAAAAAAUGAUCGUGUUUUAGUGAUGGAAAAUAUUAAAAAGAAAGAUUUCAUUGCUACACUUGUCAAACGAAAUUAUGAUUCGGAUCCUGUGAAAGCAUGGAAGAAAAAGAAUGCCGAUAAAGAAGAAGAUUCUGAUGAAGAAUCGGAUGAUGAUGGUGCUGAAUAUUCAGAUAAACGAUAUAAUUUUGAUUAUCUUAUCGAUAUGAGUAUGCGUAGUAUGUUACGUGAAAAAGUUGAAGAAUUAUUAAAACAACGUGAUCAAAAGAAACAAGAAUUAGAAAAACUACGAUUAUCAACACCGGAAGAUCUUUGGGAAGAAGAUUUACGACAAUUUAUUGAUGAAUUAGAUCGUGUUGAACAAUUUGAACGUGAACAAAUGGAAUCGGGUAAUAGUUUAAAAAUGAAAAUGAAAAAUUCUUCAAAAGUAUCAUCACGUCCAAUCAAAAAACAAAUCUAUAAUAAUGCUUUAAAUGAUUAUAAACCAUCACCGGAUGGUGAACGUAUAGUGCCCAAAAUUGAUACAGAUUUGUUACGAAAAACAAAUUUAAUAAUGAAUAAAAAGAAUAAUAUAGCCAAUAAUGUUGAAAAAUUAUCUAACCAAGAUAAACCGAUAGAUAAUGUUAAUGAAAUUGCUACAACAACAAACAAUAUUAUGGUUAUUGAUUCGGAAAGUGAAGAUGAAUACAUUCCAUUAGCACAACGUAUUGGUGUAUCACCUGAAUUAGUUGAUAAGAAAAAAUCAUUAAUAACUAAACAAUGUAAAGAUGAAAAUGAUCCACCAAUUAUAUUGCCAAAAUCAAAAAAAUCAUCUAAUAAUAAAAAAUCAAAAGAAAAUGGUGAUGCAUCAAAACCAUCAACAAAAUCGAAAACAAAAUCAAAUAAAAAGAAAGGUCGAAAUCCAUGGUCAGAUGAUGAUCUUUCUGAUGAUGAUGAUAAUAAUGAUAUAGAAUUAGAUUUCGAUGAUGAUGAUGAUGAUUUUGAUUUGAAUGUUCAACAGCCAAAACCAAAGAAAUCUAAACCAGAAAUGACGACAAAAAUCAGUAAUGAUAUAGUAAAGCCAACUAUAGCUUCAACUCAACCAAUUUCCACUCGACCACCGAAAACAUUUGCCGAUAGUGAAGAAGAAGAUGAAUUACUUACACCAGUUAUACAACAGGAACAGAAAAAAACAAGUGAAGAAUUAUUUGAUUCGAUAUUUACAUCAUCUUUCGCAUCAUCAACAUCUACACCUGAACCAUCUAAAUCAACAAAUGGAACUAUAAAGUCUACCAUAAUAGAAUCGAAUGAUAAAAAUGAUAGACUUUUUGAUGAUGAUGAUGAUGAUGAUAUUUUUCAAAAUGAUAAACGAGAUGAUUUUGUCAAUGCAGUAACAACGGUGGAAACAUUAAAAACAACAAAAACAGUUAAGAAAACAACAAAGAAAGAAAAAUUACCAAUCGAUGAAGAUAAUCAUGACAAGAAAGAUGAUUCGGAUAGUUCGGAUUUUAUUUUAUCAGCUGCACCAAAGAAAACUAAAACAAAAAAAGCAGCUAUUACGGGUGGAAAUAAAUCAACGGCACCUAAAAAAACAGCAGCUAAAUCAAAAAAGAAGAAACGAAUUUCAGAUUCUGAAUCGGAUAAUUUUGAUGAUGAUGAUGAUGAUGAUGAUUUCAAAACAUCAAAAAAGAAAACCAAAAAGAAAAAAAUAAUAGAAAUCGAUGAAUCAUUUAAUAAUGAAAUUCCACCAGAAUUUCUAACAAAAACUGGCCGUAUACGACAACCAGUCAACUAUAAUUAUGAUCAUUCAUCCGAUGAAGAAUAUUGAAUCAAUCAUAUUAUGCAAGCCGAUUCGAUACAUCUUUUUUUUUUUUGAUUUAAUACUAUAAGAACAUCUUAAACAUUUUAUUUAUUA